UAAAACAGACAAGGACAUCAUUUCAGACACGACGGACAGAGACAUGGAUGCCAUUCAGUCCCACUUUUUAAUGAGGACUUCCUUAAUCUUUCUACUUCUCUACCUGUUUCAACCGUCGGCAGCCAUUGAGACUGAGAUCUGUGCCGGUCCUAAAUAUGUGGAUGUUGUAGAAAACAACUCAGUGGGUGAUGUUAUAGCAAAUAUUACUAUCAUCCACCCUGGGGUGACCCUGACGCUCAAACCCCCCUCUGACAACACAUUUAGACUCCGAGGACGAGAGCUAUUAACUGCUAUAGAGUUUGAUUAUGAGAAUCCUGUAAAAAGCUAUGAUGCUAUCAUCAUUUGUUCUGAGGAACCUCCAGGUGAACGCCAGAUGGAGCUCAAAAUUCCUGUAUUUGUUUUAAAUGUGAAUGAUAACCGUCCAGUGUUUGACCAGAACACCUACCAUGUUAAUGUCAGUGAGGCGUCUCCUGUAGGAACAAGUGUGGGUCAGUUUGCUGCCACAGACCAGGACAAAGACACUCAGCUUUUCUACACACUGACAUCUGACUCUAUGCUCUUUAAAUUGAGGUCACCUACUAUUCCGGAUGUCCUUACCAAUGCAACACUCGACUACGAAAAAGUCGACAAUGUCCGUUUGGUAUUGUAUGCUCAGGACACACCGUUGACAAAACCAGAAAAAAGCCCCUCAUUCACUGCCACCACCACCAUUAUGGUCACCAUCACAGAUCAGGACAACAGGCCGCCCUGGUUCCAGCCUUGUACCAAACAAAAUAAUGGGGAGGCUGUGAUCUGCUACAGCACAGGAUACACUGGCAGUGUUGUCUUAAACCAAAUACAGACUGGGGUUUUACCACUGGAACCAGGACCACUUUAUGCCAUUGAUGGAGACUCUGGAAUUAAUGAGGAGAUAACAUACCUGAUUCUGAGUGGAAAUGAUGGUGAUUAUUUUGAGAUCAAUGCAAACACGGGGAACAUCAGCAUGCUGAAGCCGGUGAACAGACCUGACACUAUCCAUCUCACAGUUCUGGCUGCUCAAAAGAAGAACAGGAAUCAGUUUGCUACCACCACUGUCACAAUCAGCGUUCUGUUGAAGAGUGACUUCCGCCCACAGUUUCAGAAGUCGAGUUACAAAGGUCUCAUCACUAAAGUAGGCUCAAUGGCUAUGGACAACGAUAAGCCCCUUAUCAUCCACGCAACAGACAAAGACUACCCUGAGGAAAUAAACCCCUUCAUUGUGUACUCUGUUAUUGGGAGCGAUGACUUCUCCAUCCUUAACGGCUACUUAUUCAUGACUAAGGAUCUUCCAGACAGCACGUUAUCCCUGCAUGUGGUGGCAACAGACGAUUCUAAUGGGGAGUCGGACAGAGCUGAGCUCAUAGUGGAGGUGAAAUCAGGUCUCACAACCACCACUGUGCCAAUGAGCACUACAACCAUUAUGACCACAACGGCCAUAGAUGAAUCCACCAAGAGCAGCCAGACCACUGAAGAUAUCCAGGUGUCCACCACCAACCAUAAAACAUCAACCAUCAGUGAACCAUCAACCAUCAGUGGCCAAACGUCCAUCCCCAGCACGACAAGUGACGCUGUAAUCUCCACCACAGAUUCAAGUCUCACAACCACCACUGUGCCAAUGAGCACUACGACCAUUAUGACCACAACGGCCAUAGAUGAAUCCACCAAGAGCAGCCAGACCACUGAAGAUAUCCAGGUGUCCACCACCAACCAUAAAACAUCAACCAUCAGUGAACCAUCAACCAUCAGUGGCCAAACGUCCAUCCCCAGCACGACAAGUGACGCUGUAAUCUCCACCACAGAUUCAAUAAUAAUACCACCAGGCAGCUAUGGGUCACAAGACAUGAUAGCACUGGGUGUGACCCUUGGCAUCCUCCUCUUUGCCUGUCUGGUGGUCAUUGGAGUGCUUGUCCAUCGCAUGAGGAAAGAGAAAGCAGACUGGAGGAAGAUCUAUGAAGUCAACGUGUUUCGAAGCUCUCUUGGUCAAAGCUCAGGUGGCUUUAAGAAGGAAUUCCAGUACACCAACGAGGCCUUCCAAAACACUGCAGAUGAAGGAGGCAUGGGCUCCGGUCCCUCAGCAGUGGACGACACGCCUCUCACACAGGCUGUCAGGAAGUCUACGCUGCCACUGCACACGCUCCAGUCUGAUGAUACAAGCGACACGGGCUCAGAUAAGGCCGACAGUGAGAAGGAGGUAAAACCCAUCCUGACCAAAGAGAGGCGCAUGGAGGAGGGCUACAAGGCCGUCUGGUUCAAGGAGGACAUCGACCCCAAUGCCAAAGAAGAGGUGGUCAUCAUCCCAGACAGUAGAGUGGAUGACAGUGAAGAUGAGGAGGACGAGGAGGAGGAGGAGCGACCCAAGUCCAGCAAUAAAACCCUGAAGAUGGAUACUGAUGACACAGAUCUGGAUAGUGGACUUGGCGUGAAGAUGGGGGAUCCACCAGAGGACUCAGAUGAUGAUGAAGCACUGACCUCCAAUCUAUGAGAUGAGUGAAAAAUCAAAGACAUGGCAGGAAGCAUCUAUAAUCAAAUGUAAUGUUGAUGUAACACACACCCUUCAGUCAUCAGAGAGAACACAUAUGUUAAGCUAUAAAUUAAAAUUCUUUAUGUACAAAGGUUUAAAGGACACUGCCUAGUAUGAGACAUCCUUUUCACCACAGAGUCCAGACCUUUACCCCACUGAGAGUCUUUGGGAUGUGCUGGAGAAGACUCUCCCAGCAUCAACACGAGAUCUUGUUGAAAAAUGAACUGGACGUAAAUAAAUGUUGAUGCCACAGAGGAUGAGAGCUGAAGGCGGUCCAGGCACCUUUAACACUUCUUACUCUUUCUGUAGAACGUCAUGUGUCAUAAUGAAUUCAUGAUUGAUGGUGAUUGACUUAAUGAUCUUGCUUUGACCUGAUGAACCCUCACACCCUGCUAACCUGCUAACAGUCCCAGUGCUAAGACUAGAGCCCCCUGUUUAUGGAACAGCUGCUGAACUGCCGGAGAACCUGAGGCCCAGAGAACGUUGACAUUUUGAAAAGCAGACUCAAGACCCACCUUUUCUGUUUGGCUUUUAACUAAUGUCCCCGUUUUAUCUUGUUUAAGAUUUUCUAAAAAGAAGAGGUGGAGAAAGUGGAUGAGUUUGAAUACCUGGAGGCUUCAUUUUAGCCUUGUCUCCUUCCCUUCCCCCUCCCCUCUCUCCUCUCCUUUACUCUGGUCGAGGCAGAUGUUCAUACACGGUCUGGUUCUGUCAGAGAGUUCUUCCUUCCUGUGAUCGUGUAAAGUGCCUUGAGAUAAAAAUAUGUUAUGAAUCAGUGCUGUAUGUUUAAACUGAUGUGUCACAGAAGAAUAGCAGCAAAAGUGAAGGUCUCCACGACGGUAGUGAGACCUGCCGUGAUGAAGUCAGCGUCACUUUCUACAGACAGGAGGCGGCGCUGAAGGUGUGAACAGGAUGGACAGGAUUAGAAAUGAGCAUGACACGUUAAAGUACUCACAGGUCACUCUCUCCAUCACACUGCAUGCAUGUCUCUGUGACAACAAAGAUUAAACUCAUCAAAGAUUA